CCUGACUCACUCUCCGCUCCGUCUCACGCAUCCCCGGCGGCAAAGAAGCCUCUCGCUUCGCCAGCUUCGUCUCCCUCAAUCUGAUACGUGUUUAAUUCUUCAACUUCUAAGUUUUUAUUAAAAUUAGCUAACUGUUGGGUUUUGGGUUUUUAUUGGAUUAACUUUAUAUUGGGUAGUAAUGGAUUGCACCAUGGAGGCCCAUAGGAUUUAUGAAACAAUAAUAGAUGGGAAUUUAUCUCUCUAUUCCUCCUUUCCUUUACCUCUUCUGUGUAAAUCUGUAGUGUGAUUUUGGCACGUAUCACAAUCCUUCUCUUGCCUUCUGAAAUACCAGGAAAUUGAAUAAGAUGCCUCAUAGAACACGUCCUAUGACAGCUCUGUUAGUGUUCACUGGCCUCAAUGCUGUGCUGGUCUCCACCAUUACUCCUGUCUAUGAUUUUGUUUGCUUCCUUCCUUUCUGGGAGAGACGGCGAGAACGGCGUCGUCUAGAACGGGAAACUUCAUCAAAUAAAUUUCAAUCGUCCUGAAGUAUAUUUGAGAUUAUUCUCCCUUUGAAACUAGAUUUGUACUAGUGGAUGGUUGCCGUUGUAAGUUUUGCCGCCACCGACUGCCAUCAAUCAAGUCGGAGUAAUUAAAAAAUGGUCACUAUGUCCCUCUCAACAUCCUAAUAACAUGCACAAGAUUAAAUUUUGAAAA